AUGAUUUUAUCUGCCGGUGGAGAAGUUCAAGAAAAUAUUUUGUUUCGAAUGGUCGACGCAAGUUCCAAAAUAGCUCCGGGUGUUUUCUUAGGAAGUAAGAAGUUUUCUGGAUUAUACAGGGAAUGUUUGGAAAUAAAUAAGCAUAUUUAUGGGGCAAACAGAACAAUUCAGGGAGGUUUUGGCAGACUUUAUCUGGAUCAAUCUUUUAUCGACUACACCAGCCCAAAUGCAUGCGCUACAGACCGACAUGGUCCAGUUGGAUUCGGCUUUGAUAUCUGUGUCCCAAAAACAUGUUCCAACUCAAAAGACUUGCUUCAGUUGGGUAGAAGUGUACUUUUAAAUGGAAUCUCGCCAGUAUGUGCAGCGUAUUCUUUAAGCGAAGCGAAACAGGAUUUUGAUUACAGAACUUGGAUUGUCUUGUAUGUGUUUAAUUCUUAA